UUUCCCUCUCCCUCAAAGCUUCGUUCUCAAAAGCUCCUUGUUUCUCUCUCUCAACACUCUCCACAUAUCUCUCUCUCUCUAGAAUUUGUGUGUUUCUAUUUCUCUAUCUGGAUUUUGAUUGAUUUCUCUUCAUCUCAAUUGGUUUCACUAUGGCUAGUUAUACGCCCAAGAAUAUCCUGAUUACUGGGGCUGCUGGGUUCAUUGCAUCUCAUGUUGCCAAUCGGCUCAUUCGAAACUACCCGGACUACAAGAUUGUUGUGCUUGACAAGCUUGAUUAUUGCUCAAACCUGAAAAACCUGCUUCCCUCUAAGUCCUCUCCAAACUUUAAGUUUGUGAAGGGGGACAUUGGCAGUGCUGACCUUGUUAACUACCUCCUCAUCACUGAGUCUAUUGACACAAUAAUGCACUUUGCAGCCCAAACUCAUGUUGAUAACUCAUUUGGGAAUAGCUUUGAGUUUACGAAGAACAAUAUCUAUGGCACUCAUGUCCUGCUUGAAGCCUGCAAAGUUACUGGCCAGAUCAGGAGGUUCAUCCAUGUGAGCACAGAUGAGGUUUACGGGGAGACAGAUGAGGAUGCUGUUGUAGGAAACCAUGAGGCUUCCCAACUGCUUCCAACAAACCCGUACUCUGCAACAAAAGCUGGAGCUGAAAUGCUUGUUAUGGCAUAUGGUAGGUCAUAUGGGUUACCUGUGAUUACAACCCGUGGAAACAAUGUUUAUGGUCCCAACCAGUUCCCUGAAAAAUUAAUUCCGAAGUUUAUCCUCUUAGCAAUGAGGGGGAAGACUCUUCCAAUUCAUGGGGACGGUUCUAAUGUGAGGAGUUAUUUAUACUGUGAGGAUGUGGCUGAGGCAUUUGAAGUCAUUCUUCACAAGGGUGAAGUUGGUCAUGUUUAUAAUAUUGGAACAAAGAAGGAAAGGAGAGUGAUUGAUGUUGCCAAAGAUAUAUGUAAACUUUUUUCAAUGGAUCCUGAGACAAGCAUCAAGUUUGUUGAAAACAGACCAUUCAAUGACCAGAGGUAUUUUCUCGAUGAUCAGAAACUGAAUAACUUGGGAUGGUCGGAGCGUACCGUAUGGGAAGAGGGGUUGAAGAAAACUAUAGAGUGGUACACUCAAAAUCCUGAUUGGUGGGGUGAUGUGUCUGGUGCACUGCUUCCACACCCAAGGAUGCUGAUGAUGCCUGGUGGUAGACACUUUGAUUCUGAAGAGGGAAAGGGUUCAUCAUUUGUAAAUGGUCCUAAUCAGACCCGAAUGGUGGUUCCAACCUCCAAAAGUAGUGGCUCUCCCCGAAAACCAUCCUUGAAGUUCUUAUUAUAUGGCAGGACGGGCUGGAUUGGAGGCGUACUUGGUCAGUUAUGUGAGAAACAAGGUAUUCCCUUUGAAUAUGGAAGAGGACGCUUGGAAGAUCGUUCAUCGCUUCUGGCAGAUAUCCAAAAUAUAAAGCCAACCCAUGUUUUUAAUGCUGCUGGUGUGACGGGUAGACCCAAUGUUGAUUGGUGUGAAUCUCACAAAACAGAAACAAUUCGCACCAAUGUGGCUGGAACCUUGACCUUAGCAGAUGUUUGCAGAGAGCAUGGGCUUUUGAUGAUGAAUUUUGCUACUGGGUGUAUAUUUGAGUAUGAUGCUGCACAUUUUGAGGGCUCUGGCGUUGGGUUUAAAGAGGAAGACAAACCCAAUUUCACUGGUUCCUUCUAUUCAAAAACCAAGGCUAUGGUUGAAGAGCUGUUGAAAGAAUAUGACAAUGUCUGCACCCUCAGAGUCCGAAUGCCAAUCUCAUCUGACCUAAACAACCCCCGCAACUUCAUCACCAAGAUUUCACGCUACAACAAGGUGGUCAACAUUCCCAACAGCAUGACAAUCUUGGAUGAACUUCUACCUAUUUCUAUUGAGAUGGCAAAGAGGAACUUGAGGGGUAUAUGGAACUUCACAAACCCUGGGGUUGUGAGCCACAAUGAGAUCCUGGAGCUGUACAAAACUUACAUUGAUUCCAACUAUCAGUGGGCAAACUUCACAUUGGAAGAACAAGCCAAGGUGAUAGUUGCCCCUCGAAGCAAUAAUGAGAUGGAUGCAUCCAAGUUGAAGAAUGAGUUCCCUGAGUUGCUACCAAUCAAGGAAUCACUGAUUAAGUAUGUCUUUGAACCCAACAAGAGAACCUGAGCCUAAUAAAGCAGGUUUUCAGCUAUAACCCCAGUAUUGACUUCUGCUUUCUGCAUUUAGUAUUAUGGCCAGGAAUAUCUUUUCAGUUCCAUUCAUUUGUUACUGUUGGCUUCCACCUAUUAAUUUUACGCAAACUAUAAGGUAUUAGGUAUUCCAUCUUUCAUUCCACACUAGCCGGGUCAGAGCUGUAUCUUAGUUUCCUCAGUAUUCGUUCUUUUAAGAAUCAUUUUAGGUACUUUACAAUUUGUGUCAUCUGCAGCCUCCUAGCAGGUGUAUUAUUUUUUGAAUAUCACGGCUUCAACACUCAUGUACUAGUCUUUAAUGGAAGAAAUUGCAUUUAUGUCUUAUGGAAAUGAGUGAAUAAUUCAUGGAUUUGAGUCUU